AUGAUUAAAAAGAAUAUUGGUGGUUGUCGUCGGACACAAGACUUACUGCGAGUGAGAGCUACUGACCCGAGGCCAUGCCCGAAAUGUGGAAAGAUCUACAGAUCUGCGCAUACGCUGAGAACGCAUCUUGAAGAUAAACACACAGUGUGUCCUGGAUACCGUUGUGUACUCUGUGGCACAGUGGCCAAGUCCCGCAAUUCGCUACACUCGCACAUGUCGCGGCAACAUCGCGGCAUCUCCACCAAGGACCUCCCCGUACUGCAGAUGCCAACACGAUUCGAUCCAGAACUCGCAAGCCAGUUAUUAGCUAAAGCAGGUGUAAAGGUAUCGCCAGAGCAGUUGCGAGCGCGGGCGUCACCCACCGGCCCGCGCCGCUCCGACAUCAAACUGGACGCUAAGUCUGCUGCCUCUGAAAACAGCUCGUUAUGCGGCGAUAACGACGAUGAUCUCAGCCAGUCCAAAUACCAGGAUUCGUUACCUGUUUCUCCACCACAUAUAAACAAUUUAACAAACACAACAAUAACAAAAGUGCCAGCAGUGCGAGCAGUUACAGCCAAAGCUGUAGAAAAUUUACCUCACGGCUUAUCCGGAUUGAAGCAUGAUGACUACCCACCAGGCUUCGGAGGAGGAUCAGCCAUAUUGGAUACCUACCUUCAGUAUAUAGGAGAAAAUGUCUUUGGAAUGAACGCUGCAAAACUCGCACAAAUGAAUGCUAUGCAUAUCGACAGGAAAACUUACGACGAGCCUUCACCUCAAAUGGGGUCACUGCCUCCACCACCCACGACACUUGCACACCAACGUUUCUUGAAACAGAUGCAGCGACAGUACACUGAUAAUAUGGGUAAACCGGAUAUCAUGCGAGAUGCCGACGAACCUUUAGACCUGGGCAAAGAGAGACAAAGGAACGACAGCAUCAGCGAAGCUGAGACAGACAAACAGGAUAUGGACAAGGAUAUGACUAAGGAUUACUACAAUAAGGGAUAUAACGACGAUGAUAGAAAUAGGGUGAACAGCUCGGAACAGGAGCUCGAGCACAGCGGCCAGGACGACGGCGACUACUCUGAGGACGAGCACAAUAAAACGGCGUCUUCA